AUGCCAACGUGGUACCGGGCAUGGGAGAAAUUCAUACUCAUAUGGGCUCUAUACUCAUCUUUCUUCACCCCCUUUGAGUUUGGGUUCUUCAGGGGAUUGCCCAAGAACCUCUUCUUUUUGGACAUAGCGGGUCAAGUAGCUUUUCUUUUUGACAUUGUCCUGCAAUUCUUCAUCGCCUACAGAGAUCGUCAGACCUAUAAAAUGGUCUACAAGCGCACCCCAAUUGCUCUUCGGUACUUGAAGUCUCACUUCAUCUUUGAUUUUCUCGGCUGUAUGCCUUGGGAUGCUAUCUAUAAGUAUUAA